AUGGCGGAAUCAAAGAGGACAGUAUAUGAAAAAGCAAUGCAUGACACUAGCUUCCGUCGUACCUGGGACAAAGAAGAAUUCGAACGUCGCGCACGUGAACGAGCACGUCAAGAACGUGAGCAAGAGGAAGACGAAGACCGAAAGCGUAAAGGAUUAAAGGCAAAAUUCACUGAGAGCCCGAUACCUGACCAGCCGCGAGAUUUAUUAAGGGCCCGUACUGAGAGAGUUAUUCUAGAUACAAAUCUGAAUAAAACACAAGUUGUACAAUCGACUAGUAUUGCUUCAAAGCAGCCAGGCUUUUAUUGUAAAGAAUGUGACUGUGUCGUCAAAGACAGUGUAAACUAUUUGGAUCAUAUUAAUGGAAAGAAACAUCAACGAGCCCUUGGAAUGUCGAUGAAAGUCGAGCGUAGCACCAUAGAUCAAAUCAAAUCAAAAUUCGAACAAUUGAAAAAGAAAAAGGAAGAAGAACAACAAAUAUAUGUUGAUACUGGAAAAGAUUAUAUUCAGGAUGCUAUAUCUCAAAAAGCUGACUAA